UCCUCCUCUUCUCUCCUCUCAUCCAUCCAUCCACCCGAGAGCUGCUCUUCCCCCUCCGCCCGCUCAUUCAUCCUCUCGGACAGUCGGUCUCCAUCCUCUGACGGAGAACAGAAGCAGCAGGGCGGUGGCAGCCGCAAGCCCUCAAUGGUCGGCAUUUGGACGGAAAUCCGCGCUUCAAACCUGGAGAGACAGGACUGCAAGUGAUUGCUAUGUCAGAGAGAAAUUCAGCCACCAAGAACACAGCAGACGGAGGUCUUACGGAUUACGAUUCAAAGAUGUCAGAUGAGCACCGAGACACGGAUGAUUCGUCCGAGAAAACACCCAGUAGGAUGUCCAGAUCGCCACAGAAAUCCAAAAGACCAAAGACAGUGCCUGUGAAAGUCCUGCUGCUGGACGGCUCGGCCUAUGAGAGCGGCGUUGAGAAGCUCUGUAAAGGACAAGUGUUGCUGGAUAUGGUGUGUGAACAUCUCAACCUGUUGGAGAAGGACUACUUUGGCCUGAGCUUUAGUGACACGGAGUGCCAAAAGAAUUGGCUCGAUCCUUCAAAAGAAAUCAAGAAACAAAUCCGUGUGGGUCCUUGGCAUUUCUCCUUUGCUGUCAAGUUCUAUCCUCCUGAUCCGUCUCAGCUGAUUGAAGACAUCACACGGUAUUACCUGUGUCUGCAGCUGAGGGAGGACAUUCUGUCAGGUCGCUUGCCCUGCUCGUUCGUCACUCAUGCUCUACUGGGCUCAUACGCCAUUCAGGCUGAGCUGGGAGACUAUGACCCUGAGGAACACGGGCCAGACUACAUCAACGAGUUCCGCUUUGCCCCCAAUCAGACCCGCGAGCUGGAGGAGCGGGUGAUGGAGCUGCACCGCACCUACAGGGGUAUGAGUCCUGCAGAGGCUGAAAUCAACUUCCUGGAGAACGCCAAGAAACUCUCCAUGUAUGGCGUUGAUCUCCAUCAUGCUAAGGACUCUGAAGGUAUCGACAUCAUGCUGGGGGUUUGUGCCAGUGGCCUCUUGAUCUACAGAGACAGGCUGCGCAUCAACCGAUUCGCCUGGCCCAAGAUCCUCAAAAUUUCCUACAAGAGAAGCAACUUUUACAUCAAAAUCCGACCUGGAGAGUACGAGCAGUUUGAGAGCACCAUUGGCUUCAAGCUGCCCAACCACCGUGCCUCUAAGCGCUUGUGGAAGGUCUGCAUUGAACACCACACAUUUUUCAGGUUGGUCUCUCCUGAGCCUCCCCCAAAAGGUUUUCUUGUGAUUGGCUCAAAGUUCCGCUAUAGUGGGCGAACCCAAGCCCAGAGCCGACAGGCUAGUGCUUUGAUUGAUAGGCCAGCUCCUCAAUUUGAACGAUCCAUAAGUAGGAGGUACCUGUUGUCCCGCAGCAUAGACGGAGAGUCUGCUUUAGGGGACACCAUGGACCGACUCUCUCAGCACACCUCCAGUGAGCCUGUGCCUAGUCUUCCUAGAGAUGAGCUGGACCAGGACUACCUGGAACCCAGUCUAGAUCCGGACCUGGACCAAGAUCAUGAACAAGCUGAAGAACAGCGGCAGGAGAGUGACUCCACUCCCACUAAAACUGUGGAGCUCAAGAGGGAGGAGGCAGGUUCUCCUGUAGACUCUAAGACAGAGUCGGACCAGGACUUGACCCCACGUCCUAAACAGGAGCAGUUCCUGGAUAAACCAGAAGAUGUGUUGCAGAAACAUCAAGCCAGCAUCAAUGAGCUGAAAAGAGCACUGAGAGAGCCCAACAGCAAACUGGUCCAUAGAGAGAAACGUCUCUCUGGAGCCUCAUCUGGUAGCACUCCGGAGAAAAAAUCUGCCUCAGAGGAGUCCCUAUUGAUUGAGAAGCAAGAUGGUUGUCAAAGAGACCUGCCCCUCAGUAAAAAAGACGAAAAGAGCAGGAGUCCUAGAGUAGCUUCAUUAGCCACUGGAUUCAACAGAGAGACAGAUGACAGAGUGAGAGAAAAAAACAUCAUCAGUGUAGCAAAAAGGACCUCAACAGAAAGCAUCCUAUCACCAGAGAAGCCCCUGAGAAAUCGUGCUAAAAGCCCAGCUUUAAGGUACAACCAUUUGCAAGGCAUCAAUUCUUUGAAUGAGAAAGCUUAUGAUAAUGGACACUCACAGGACAGACCUUUGUCAGAGAAUGUCAUUCAUACAAAUGGAUGUGAUACAUAUGCAACAGAAAGACUCUGGGGCGACAAAAAGUACAUGGGGGUAACCAAUAUAGAACAUGAGACCACAAAUCAAGACUUGGCAAGGUACGUAGAGAGAAGCUUUGGAGAGGCUUCUCCAAACGCAGCUAUGGACAAAUAUAUGAGAGAUCGAUAUAAUGAAAGCAGAUGGGAGAGACAAUCCUAUGAAAAAGAACCAGAGAACACCAGAGCUACAUUACAAAAACAAACAUCUAAGGCAGAUCCUAAGGGUAAAGGCUCAACAAUCCAGAGACACGAUUCGACUGCAAGUGACACAUCACAAUCUGAGUUAAAGCGAAUCGUCCCAUUGAAGCCCGAGAGGUCGAAGAAGUUGAAAGACAGGAAAGGAGCAAAGCUGCAAGGACAAUCAAGUGAAAGAAGCAUUUCAGGAUCAUUUGAUGAAUGUGAAGGGAUCAACUCUAAAGAAGAUCAAGUAGUCUUCGAGAAUGCCCUGGACACCUUGUCACAGUCCAAAAAUUCUGCAGCUUUAGAAAGCAUUGGAAAUUUUGCCAAGCAAGACUGGGCAAGUAAUUGUCACAACUGGGAAGCCAGAGAAUAUAGCCGUCAGUCUGUCCAAGACAGGCCCCAACUAAGGGAUCUCAAGACCAACACAGACCACAGACUUAGCAUUGAACAAGAUCAGUUCCUUUUUGACGAUCCACUUUUUAUGUUUGACUUUCCCACCAAUUCAACAUUUCCAGCCUUUGACCAGAUUGCCCCUUUAUACCCACCUGUAAAAUCCCAGAGGGCAAGAGAAACACGUACCAAACCAAUCACCAAAAGUGAUUCUGGCAACAGUCUUCACAAGAGCUCCACCAUGGAACCUUCCAAGAGGAAAUCAGUGGAGCCCCUUCCCACUCCAGCAAUUCAUGCGGAGCCUCAGGAGGAAGCCCAGAGAGAGCCCUGGGAGAGACGCUUGGGAUCGGUUUCAGAAGAUGACCCUGACCCAGACACUCUGUACCUAAAGGAGACCCACCUGGGAAUUGAGCGAAAAUGCUCAAGUAUCACUGUUAGCUCAACGUCCAGUCUGGAGGCUGAGGUGGACUUCACUGUGCUCAUGGACUUCCAAACGGGUAUGGAGGAAUUUUCUAGAGGCAUGACUGAGCUUGGGGAGAAAGACUACUCACCUGAAUUUGGCCUCUCAGACCGCCCCACACAUCCAGCCUUUAUACUGGGAGCAGAUCCCAUCUACCUUCCUGAGGAAAGACAUGUAGAAGUACAGAGGCCCGUAGAGAAACCAAAGCCGGUUGUAGAACCGAAGCCACCGGAGGAACGUAAACCGGAGCCUUUUGUACCCAAGAAAGCCCCACGGUCGGUGAAAGCUGCACAAGCCCUGAGAAAAGACUCUACAGAACAAGCUAAUGCCCAGUCGAUGAGACGGGAGAGCUCUGAAUCACCCCCAAUCCACCCUCUCAGCAGAGAGAGCAGUGAAAUCAUUGCCUCCCAGGCUCUAAGGAAGACUGAGGUCAAGAUCGAGACGCAGCCCAACGGCUCGGAGGUCACCACAACCAUAAUGGAGAUUGCAGACCCGGACCAUGGUAUCAGCGGUAUGCGAGAGGCUGCGUACUCUAUGACAGAGAGAGUCUCUCCUGUGAACUUGGGAUCAUUAGCUAGAGAUGGUUCUCCGCUAAUGGUUACUGAGAAUGUAACAUCAGCCACUACAACUCAUGUUACAAAGACGGUGAAAGGAGGCUACUCGGAGACAAGAAUAGAAAAGAGGAUCAUCAUUACUGGUGAUGAUGAUGUUGACCAAGAUCAGGCGCUCGCCAUGGCAAUAAAAGAAGCCAAGCAACAGCACCCUGACAUGUUGGUAACCAAGGCUGUAGUUGUCAGGGAAACAGAAUCUUCCACUCAAGAUCCACAUGAGGAAUCGAAGUCCUGAUCCCCUCAGUUCUCAGGACUUCAACGGGAAGCAACUUUUCCUCAAUGACUGCCAGUGGGUCUCCAAACAUCUACAGACCUCUUAUAUUAAGCUUCUUGCUUCCACUUACAUACACAACACUAACAUUUACACAUGCACACAAACACAUGCUGCCUCCCAGACGUCGGAACCUAUUCCUGCUCAUGUAAUUUCUAUUUCGUGUCUACAUUUGCUGUGGUAAUAUGGACCAGGAGGCACACGGUCUUCCUCCCCGAGGACCGCUUGGGAAGGACGGACUCAGCAUCCCAUCGAUCAGACAACUUAGCCGCCAUUGUAGUCUCUUGCUUUUUCUUCACACGUGAAAACUAACCAAGCGUACUAUCAACAGCCCAAUGCUAACAUCAAGCAUGAGGCAUAGGGCUUUUUGAUGAACAUGCUGAAUUAGCUUAGUGGAGUGACAGUAGUGUCUAUUGAGUAGUUUUUUUUCUAGGGUUCAUUGAGAUAUAAAAACAGAAGAUCUUUUUUUGCAAACUCUGAACUGUAGGGAAAGCCUAGCUAGUGUGCAUACAGUAUGUCGUGCUUCUCAAAUCAACAAAUAUGUUGCUCUUCAAUUUUGAACCAUCAUCUGCAUGUGACAAAGCAGGGUUUAAAAUGUUUUCGUAUUGUCAUACAACUAACUAUAACCUCUGGUUUAGGACCCUAGCAAAACGAGACUGUAUUAAUGUAUGGUUGCCAAAACAUUUGACUGUCCUCUUAUAAGUACUUAAUUUCCGCAUUAAAUAUGGAAGUAGUCGACUUGCACAUUUUUUCCCCUGAAAACGUAUUCUUUUAUGACUUUUACAGAUGUCCAGAAUGAGUUUUUAAGUUAUUCCGAGAACCCUUGCAUCAGCUUAGUAGAUAUCACAAACAAAGAAACUACGCCUAUUUUCAGUACAACCCUUUUCAAAGUACCAUUAGUACUAUCAAGUUUAGAUUUUAGAAUUUAAAUAUCCCCAAGUAUGAAAUGCACGAUACAAAAAGUAACAUGUUUGCUUGUUGAAUGCUCUAUUUCAUCUCCUACGCAUAUCGUUAAACUGUGAAAAAUGAUUUGAAGUCCAAAGAAACCAAACCUAAUUUGACUUUAGUACAUGCUGACACAGUACAUAAAUAAUCAACGUGUUAUGUGCAUGUGCGUUUAGAGUUUAAGCAUUUGAAGAAGAAAAAAAUUAUUGUUUUUAAAAAGAUUACAGAAAAUAAUAAUAAUAAUUUUGAAUUAUUUUCCAACAAGCUGGUACUUAGCAAAUUCCCUACUGCUCUGUAUGUUUUUGAAACUUCUGUGAUUUGUUUUUUUAAACUGUUCCUUCCCGCACAAUGCUGUGCCAACGAAAUAAUGAUUUAAAAAACGGAUUUGUUAGAUAUGAGAACUUUUUAUGUGUAAAUGUCAUGAGCCUGUGGUUUUCAGUGAAGCGUGACCCUUGAGCCAUGAAUCUCUUUACAAACCUUCCUCUGUGAAAGCAGUAGAAAUCCUGGAUGAGACAGGAUGUGUAUGUGUUCCAGUAUUGAAUGGAUGAAUGAACUUUGAAUUGUGAGUAUUGCCAAAUGAAAAACCUAGCAGACUCUAUGUAAGGACGAAAGAAGGCCAGGAUAGCUCUCGAUAACCUUUGCUAACAUGGUCAAGGCUUGUUGUUGUGUAACUAAUGCAUUUGUUCAGGACUGUGCACUAUGUGAAAAUUAAAACAGCCUGCAGAUAUCAGAAGGGGGAAUUUGUAAAUGUCUUACUUCCAACUUGUACAGUUGCUGAUUUUUGAGAACAAGGGAGCUGUUCUUGGAUAUAAAGAAAAGAAGUGCCAUGCAAAGGUUGAUAGUUGGAUGUCAAGUCAACCACAGCAUUCUUUCGCCAGCCCAUUUGCUAAGCCUAUGUCAGAGUUUUGUCACUUUACAAGGCAAAUGCCCUUGUUUAUGCUGUACAUGUCGCAUUUAACAUGUGAACAUUGAGGAAAACAAGUUAAACUUAAAAAAAAAAAUAUUUUAGCAUCGACUCCCCUGAGAUUCCACCUGCAGAAACUUCUGUUUACACUGCGAUCCUCUCUACCUUCUACUGCUUGGUUUUGUGUGUUUGCUGUACAGUGUUCGAAAUAAAUACGA